AAAAGAAAGUUUCACCCGUGCAGCUAUGCAUCAGUUAAAUAUUUCACCAACCUUCCAGUGUGUUGGUUCUUACUGUUAACAAGGCACUGACACUGAGGAUGUUUUAUGUAACAUUUGAAAACAAACGGAGUGCCAUCUGCUAAUGCCUUCCACCUUCUGCAGGGUGCAAUCAGAGCUGAGGGAGUCUGACGGGCUCCACUCUCUGCCCGGGACGUCAGGAGCAGAGAGUGUCAACAUCGAAAGCCUCCAGCAGCAAGUUCAGCAGAAGCAGGCCAUGGAGCUGUUUGAAUUGACAACUGAGGAGCUGGACCGGCUAUAUCAGGUCCACCAGAAGACCGUCUCUGAGAUGCAGCAGCUCAAGGAUCAGCUUGACCAGUCCCAAAAGCAAAAUUCCGAACUCCUAAUGACCAAUCAGAAUCUAGAGUCUACGAACCAGCAGAUCCUGACGACGGUGGCGGAGCAGAGCAGAGAAAUCGUGGAGCUGCACUGUCAACUCAGACAGGCUCAACUCCUAACAGCCACCAACCAAGUGGACAAGAUGACCACACUGUGCAGCAUUUUCCAAGAGAACAUACGCAGGAGAGAGGAAGAUGUUGCAGAGGCUCAGACACGCAGAAGUGUUCAAGCUGCUGAAGAGGCCGUCAUGCAGAAAGAUCAGGUGACUGCGCGUCUCCAGGCCCUCUGCUUGUUUUUUACUUGCUGAGUAUUCCCAGCUUCAACGUUCUCACAGCCCAGCACGCUUCCCACUGAAACAGCUUCCUGUCCUGAGUGUCCUGUAAUAUUUAGGUCAAUUUAACCCUUUACAGGUGACCAGAACUCUGUGAUAAAGUUUUGGCAAGGGAAAUUAUCAUUUGUUGCCAUUUUUGAGGUGUUUAUAGACAGUAUGAGUACAGUAACAUCAACAGAUAAUACAUAAAACCCUUAUUUGGUCAAUUUUAGCCUCCAUGAAAAUCUGAGCGAUUCAGUCACUUUUUGGCAAGUAAAAUGCCAUUUUAGUUGUCUACAAUUAAAUCAUCAAUCAAGAAUUUAAAGAUAUUUUGAGGCCUUUCUUAUAGGUAAACAGGAGGGUGUAGUCUCUAUUUGACAAGUGACAAUCUUAAUUUUAUGUGCUAAAGUGCUUUUAUCUUGUUUCUUUUAAAUAGAGCAAAGUAAUGAAUAGAUAGUAACCUACACAGUGUCAUUAAAGCCAAAGCUUGAUCAGUUUAAAUACUAUUUUUCAAGUAAAAAUGUGCCCCAAACUAAACUGUGGCUCCAUGUCAAGUGGACUAAAGAAAGGAAGGGGGAAAAAAUCAAAUUGCUGGAGAAUUGUUUAUUUACAUUUAUACAACGUUUACAUUCAAUACAGGGCGCCAUUUUACAUUGUUUAUUUGUUUUUUAGUAUCAAGGCUGUAACAGAAAGAAAGCCAGUUCUUACCACAAACCAUCUUUCAAUCGCAAAUAUUGCAAAAAGGAUUAAGAUAUGCUCAUUGUGAACGUUUAAGA